AUGCGGACCGAUGAUGGUGCACUCUCAGACAGAUUUCCAGUGAGUAGUUCAGCAGACGCUCGCAAUAUUUUUGGUACAGCUGACGGUGAUGCGAAAUCAGGCAGCUCUCCAAAUGAUAUUGUUUCUCCAACAGUUAUGACAUCAUCCGGUUUUACAACAUCUUCCGGUUUUCAAGAUUCUCCAGAGAGGUCACCGGACAAGGAUGCCGAGUUUGGCGAAAAAUUUUCCGACAUGACUGUCACGCUGAAGUAA